AUGAUACAAGACAUCAAGCUUAAGACAUUAUCAAUCCUCCAAGAAAAUCAUGAAAGAGCGAGAAGAAUCCCAAUCGUUUUGGACAUAAUUCAUGGUAUUCCUCAAGCUAUUCCGAAUCCUUACCAAAAUUAUUAUGAGGAUGAGUUGACAGAACAGGUCGCGGGCUUAUCGUUGGAAGAGAGUGAGUUUGUGCCCGUUCCUGCAUCGGCGUAUGCAAUUGAAGCACUGGAGAAGGUGAAGGUGGAAAAGAUGAUCAAUAUGAAGGAGAAUUGUAGCAUAUGUUUUGAUACGUUGAUUUCAGAGGGUGUUGUUGAAGUUACUCGCAUGCCAUGCAAGCACCUUUUUCAUGGAGGCUGUAUCGUUCAAUGGCUUGAGAAAAGCCAUGUUUGUCCUUUGUGUCGCCUUAAGAUGCCUGUGGACAAAAAUUAG